AACAUUUCAGACAUUUUUCAAGCUGAGAUCUUAUUUCUUUAAAUUACUUCUAAAUUCUAAAUUAUUGAGCUGCUGCAACAAGCAGCCACUCCAACGGCGCUUAGCAACAGUGAGUGUGUGACAAGAAAACUAUGAGGUCAUAGGGAUUUACUAGGAGCAACAUCAAAGGCAGAUCUCCUUGUGAUGUCAUAGUAGUAAAGGGUUUCAGACAUUGUAAACCAAGCCUCAAACCCUCAGCAGUUCACAGAUCCAACCUGAGACAAGCGGUCAGCAAGGCUCGUGACUUUAAACUGGUCUACAUUCAAGACACCAACUAACCCCAAGAUUACAUAUGGACAACAAGAGGAACUCAGAGUCCCUGAGCAGGGCUGAUACCAUGGAGAAGGAGACGGAGGCUGAGGUGAUGCUCAACAAGAUUAGAGAGCUCAAAGAUCUUGUUGAGAGUAAGGACAAGCAGCUGAGCGAUGAAAGGCUGAAGGCUGACAUCAAGCUGCAAAAGAAAAUGCUGUUGUCUCGCAACCUGCAGACAAGCCUGGACGAGGCCAAACAGGAGCGUGAUGAGAUGGCAGAGAGGUUGAGGAGAAAAGAAAUGGUAGACUUGAGGAGGGAGACCGACACAGAAGGGCAGCUGAAGAACCUAAAGAUCCAGCUGCAGGCUGAAAGGCUGAGGGCUGACACCCUCCAGAAGGAACAGGAGGAAUUUAGGCAAGAACGCCCCCCUGUAAGACAAGAGAAAGCCAGCAGAGACCUGAAGAAGGUUUGGAAUCUGGAGGUGAAGGGACUUUCUCUGGAGGCGAAGGCCCUGCAAAUGAAAGAUAUCAAGAUUAAAGAGCUUGAGGAGCUUAUUGCUAAGGAACAGCAUCCUCAAAAGAAUAAUGUGAUGACUCGCUACCUCCAGACAAGCCUGGACGAGGCCAAACAGGAGCGUGAUGAGAUGGCCAGGGUGAUGAGGAAGGAUCAGGAGCACUUUAGGAGGAAGACCAACACCGAAGGGCAGACAGAGAAUCUGGAUCUGGACGGCAAGCUGGCCUCAAACACAGCAAUACAGGAUAACAAGAUUAAAGAGCUGCAAGAUCUUGUUGAGUCCUUAAAGAAGCAGCUGCAGGCUGAAAGGCUGAGGGCUGACACCCUCCAGAGAGAACAGACCGAAUUAAGGCAAGAACGCCCCCCUGGAGGGCAAGAGACAGCCAGCAGAGACCUGAAGCAGGUUUGGAAUCUGGAGGUGAAGGGACUUUCUCUGGGGCAGGAGGCGAAGGCCCUGCAAAUGAAAAAUAUCAAGAUUGAAGAGCUGGAGGAGCUUAUUGCUAAAGAACAGCAUCUGCAAAAGAAUAAAGUGUUGACUCGCUACCUCAAGACAAGCCUGGAUGAGGCCAAACAGGAGCGUGAUGAGAUUGCCCAGAGGUUGAAUAGAAAGGAUCAGGAGCACUUGAGGAGGAAGACCAACAUUGAAGGGCAGACAGAGAACCUGGAUCUGGACGGCAAGCUGGCCUCAAGCAGAGCAUGCCAGUAUAACAAGAUUAAAGAGCUCCAACAUCUUGUUGAAAAUAAAGACAACCAGCUGCAGGCUGAAAGGCUGAGGGCUGACACCCUCCAGAAGGAACUGGAGGACUUUAGGCUGGAGGUUCAAGAGAAAGCCAGCAGAGACAUGAAGCAGGUUCAGAAUCUGGAGGAGGAGAAACGGUCCCUGGAUUCCAGUAUUGCAUCUCAAGACAUCAAGCUGCAAAAUAAGAUGCUGUUGUCUCGCAACCUGCAGACAAGCCUGGACGAGGCCAAACAGGAGCGUGAUGAGAUGGCAGAGAGGUUGAGGAGAAAAGAAAUGGUAGAAUUGAGGAGGGAGACCGACACAGAAGGGCAGCUGAAGAACCUAAAGAACCAGCUGCAGGCUGAAAGGCUGAGGGCUGACACCCUCCAGAAGGAACAGGACGAAUUUAGGCAAGAACGCCCCCCUGUAAGACAAGAGAAAGCCAGCAGAGACCUGAAGAAGGUUUGGAAUCUGGAGGUGAAGGGACUUUCUCUGGAGGCGAAGGCCCUGCAAAUGAAAGAUAUAAAGAUUAAAGAGCUUGAGGAGCUUAUUGCUAAGGAACAGCAUCCUCAAAAGAAUAAUGUGAUGACUCGCUACCUGCAGACAAGCCUGGACGAGGCCAAACAGGAGCGUGAUGAGAUGGCCAGGGUGAUGAGGAAGGAUCAGGAGCACUUUAGGAGGAAGACCAACACCGAAGGGCAGACAGAGAACCUGGAUCUGGACGGCAAGCUGGCCUCAAACACAGCAAUACAGGAUAAUAAGAUUAAAGAGCUGCAAGAUCUUGUUGAGUCCUUAAAGAAGCAGCUGCAGGCUGAAAGGCUGAGGGCUGACACCCUCCAGAGAGAACAGACCGAAUUAAGGCAAGAACGCCCCCCUGGAGGGCAAGAGACAGCCAGCAGAGACCUGAAGCAGGUUUGGAAUCUGGAGGUGAAGGGACUUUCUCUGGGGCAGGAGGCGAAGGCCCUGCAAAUGAAAAAUAUCAAGAUUGAAGAGCUGGAGGAGCUUAUUGCUAAAGAACAGCAUCUGCAAAAGAAUAAAGUGUUGACUCGCUACCUCAAGACAAGCCUGGAUGAGGCCAAACAGGAGCGUGAUGAGAUUGCCCAGAGGUUGAAUAGAAAGGAUCAGGAGCACUUGAGGAGGAAGACCAACACCGAAGGGCAGACAGAGAACCUGGAUCUGGACGGCAAGCUAGCCUCAAGCAGAGCAUGCCAGUAUAACAAGAUUAAAGAGCUGCAACAUCUUGUUGAAAAUAAAGACAACCAGCUGCAGGCUGAAAGGCUGAGGGCUGACACCCUCCAGAAGGAACUGGAGGACUUUAGGCUGGAGGUUCAAGAGAAAGCCAGCAGAGACAUGAAGCAGGUUCAGAAUCUGGAGGAGGAGAAACGGUCCCUGGAUUCCAGUAUUGCAUCUCAAGACAUCAAGCUGCAAAAUAAGAUGCUGUUGUCUCGCAACCUCCAGACAAGCCUGGACGAGGCCAAACAGGAGCGGGAUGAGAUGGCAGAGAGGUUGAGGAGAAAGGAAAUGGUAGACUUGAGGAGGGAGACUGACACCAAUGUGCAGCUGGAGGACUUAAAGAACCAGCUGCAGGCUGAAAGACUGAGGUCUGACACCCUCCAGAAGGAACAGGAGGACUUUAGGUGGGAGGUUCAACAGAAAGCCAGCAGAGAACUGAAGCAGGUUCAGAAUCUGGAGGAGGAGAAACGUUCCCUGGAGCAGCCCCGGCAAAUAAGAAAUGACAACAGGAUUCAAAAGCUCGAGGAGCUUAUUACAUCUCAGGUCACCCAGCAGCAAGAUCACAUGAAGGCCAGGCAGGCUCUUCAGGAGGAGGUAAAGGACCUGCAAGAAGAGGUCUCAACCAGAGCAAUACAGCAAACCAACAGGAUUAAAGAGCUUCAAGAUCUUAUUGAAUCCUCAAAGAACCAGCUGCAGACUGAAAGGCUGGAAGUUCAGGACAGACUCAUUGAGAUGGAGAACGUGUCUAUGUGGAGGAGGUUUAAAAAGGCCAUGACUCCUCACAGUCGCCGCCAAUACAAACAUCUGAGAAUGCAGUGGCAGGACCAGGAGGAAAACCACAGCUCAUCUGUUCCCCCAAGCCCCCCCAACAUGCCCAGACCGUAACGGGCCAUCAGGUAGACACAGAGUAACAUGUUCCUCUGUGUCUGCACGGGUUUACUCCGGGUUCUCCGGUUUCUUCCCAUCAUAAUCAACUUUGAAAAAAAACCUUUAGAAUAGUAAAAAAUGCAUCAAGCCUAAAAAAUGUCAAUAAAAAAAAACAAAAACUUUAACAUUAAA